AUAGGGGAGCGGAGGUGGCGCCGGCGGUAGCGACUGCCUUGGUUGUCUUCCCGUCUCCUCAGCUCGCCCUCUAGCCGGAACCUCUCCCCUUCCCUCCCUUCCUUCCUUCCCUCCCCUUCCCUUUUUCCCUUCCCCGUCGGUGACCGGCGGCGGCGGCAGCGGCUCCAGCAACGGCUGGGCCCAAGCUGUGAAGAGGCCUUAGCCCACGAUAACGGCGACGGCGAAACCGCGGAGCUCGCAGGGCGGGGGGAAGGCCCGUGCCGUGGAGAUGGAGAAUUCUCAGCUGUGUAAGCUGUUCAUUGGCGGCCUCAACGUGCAGACGAGUGAGUCUGGCCUCCGCGGCCACUUUGAGGCCUUCGGGACUCUGACGGACUGCGUGGUGGUGGUAAACCCCCAGACCAAGCGCUCCCGUUGCUUUGGUUUCGUGACCUACUCCAAUGUUGAGGAGGCCGAUGCCGCCAUGGCUGCCUCGCCCCACGCCGUGGAUGGCAACACGGUGGAGCUGAAGCGGGCGGUGUCCCGGGAGGAUUCGGCGCGGCCCGGCGCCCACGCCAAGGUUAAGAAGCUCUUUGUCGGGGGUCUGAAGGGAGACGUGGCGGAAGGCGACCUGAUCGAGCACUUCUCGCAGUUCGGCACCGUGGAGAAGGCCGAGAUCAUUGCCGACAAGCAGUCGGGCAAGAAGCGCGGCUUCGGCUUCGUGUAUUUCCAGAAUCACGACGCGGCCGACAAGGCCGCGGUGGUCAAGUUCCACCCGAUCCAGGGCCACCGCGUCGAGGUGAAGAAGGCCGUGCCCAAGGAGGAUAUCCACUCCGGCGGGGGCGGCGGCGGCUCGCGCUCCUCCCGGGGCGGCCGGGGCGGCCGAGGUCGCGGCGGCGGGCGAGAUCAGAACGGCCUGUCCAAGGGCGGCGGCGGCGGUUACAACAGCUACGGGGGCUACGGCGGCGGCGGCUAUAACGCCUACGGCGGCGGCGGCUCGUCUUACGGCGGCAGCGACUACGGGAACGGUUUCGGCGGCUUCGGCAGCUACAGCCAGCAUCAGUCCUCGUACGGGCCCAUGAAGAGCGGCGGCGGCGGGGGCGGCGGCAGCAGCUGGGGCGGCCGCAGUAACAGUGGACCCUACAGAGGCGGCUAUGGCGGCGGCGGGGGCUACGGAGGCAGUUCUUUCUAAAGAAAAGAGAAAGGCCUGGGAGUGGCUCUAGGGGUAGCGCUUCCAACCGCCCAACUGGGGUCACUUCUGAAGUCCCCUCCCUUGCCCACAGCCUUCCCCAUUCUGCCCUGGGGGGAGCCGCUCUGGCUGCCUCCCCUUGGGGGGUGUUGCCCUAUUUGCCUGCCACCUCUCUUGUCUCUCCCUCUGAAGAUGGACUCGGCCCCACAUACACAUUUUUGUGUUACAGUCAUUGAUGGACUCUAUUUUUUUAUUAUUACUUGGACCUUGGUCGUUUUUAUACUAGCAAAAUGUCUUGUUUUAAUUUGUGGUUUUUUUUUUUGGUGGGGGGGAGUGAACUUGCUGAUUCUGUAGCAAAACCUGGGCGGGGGUUGGGGUGGGGGGUAGUUUACUUUGUUGUAAGGACUUGAUACCUGGCUACAGCGUUUUCUAAGAAAUCUACUUGGAUCCCAUGCCUGAAAUUUGGACGCAUAUGUAAAAAAAAAAUUCAUUUUUACGUUUUAUUUUUAAUAAAUCAUUGUGUUUGACCGUACAAGUCUAACCUUUUUUUUCUAGGAUCCAUUCCGUACCGAUUUAAGGAGUAUUAGUUGAAGAUUUUUCGUGUUGGUUCUUAAUUCUUGAUGUGUACUUAGAGAAACUUUUAAGAAGUCCUGUGGGAUUUUUGGUUUUGUUUGCUUUAAUUUUUUUUUUCCUGUUGGCCUGCUAGUGACUGAAUUUUAUCCCUUUAAGGCAAAACUUUUGAAGUGGUGGAUGUGGCUUUUUAAAAUCUUAAGUUUCUGUGCAUCCAUCUCUUGUAUUAAGCGAUAUGCUUGUCAUCUUGACAUGGUCACUUAUUUCUAUGAGAAUUUACUUCAAAGUAUGUACUGUGUAGUUCUAAAUAGUUUGUGUUAAGCAUGUGUUUUCAUUCAUAUAAACUGUUUAAAAUUUUUUCAGAUGGCCUAGUUUCAGCCCUCUUCCUGGUUUGACUGUAAUGAAUGGUUACAAAUUAGGGUUAUAUUUUGCCCUUGAACUAAAUGCGUUUUUGUAUUUUCAGAGCAGGUUUAAACGGCUUUUUCUCCCCUCCCCCCACCCCCAAUACCUGAACUGUUGUCCUCAUGGAAAUCCUUACCCCACAACCUUUGUAGCACCAUCUACUGGCAGAAUGGCAGUAUAUCUGCAAAACAAUUUGUUUAAAAAAACUUGCUUAGGACAAUUGCAUCAGAUUGGGAUGUUUUGACAUCAAAAAUCUGUGCAGACUUGGAAGUUAUCACAUUUACUUAUAAUUGAGAUGGGCUUCACAGGAAUGUAGUUGAGUCUAUUUUACAGUUGCCCUUUCUACAUGAGUUUUGAAAAUGUAAACUGUUAAUGCAUAGCGUGGGCAAUAGCCCUAAAUUGCUAUGCCAACAAAUGAACCAGCUAUGUGUACUGGUAUCUUAGGUGCAAAUUGUAAAGCAAAAUAUCUGUAUUCUGCUUGGUUAACAAAUGUAUAUUUGUAGCCCUUUCAUGCAAUAGAAUUCAAGUUGUUGUUUAUAAAAAAAACAAAACAAAACUGAUAAUAGGAGAAAAUUGCCUUCCUGGAUAGAAAUAUAGAAUAGCAACGUUUAAUGGAUAUCGCAAAUAAAGAAUUCAAUUCUUUACGUGAUUGAGUGAGACUAUGUAUAACCUGGUGGGUGGGUUCAGAGUACCAAUUAAUGUAGUCUAUUUAACUUGAUUUGAUGUCAGAAUAUUUGACUUAGGUCUUAAAGUUGAAAGCCAGAAGGUAUACUAAGAAGCCUUCAAAAAAGUAAAAGUAUUUUAAUGUUGA